CGAAUAACUCAACCUAUAUACCCAUAAUAGAAACAAUUCUGGCUCAGCCCUGACCUCAUCCCAAUCGAACGCAUUCUAGACCGUCAUGGUGACUCGCUGGUCCAUCGCACCUGCCAACAAUGCACGUCGCAUUGACAAACCUACCGACUCGGCCACUCAACACCCUCUCCUUCGGUCUAGAGACACCAUCUAGAUUUACUUACCUCACCAUAUUUACUCCCAAACAAACAAACAUACCCAAUCCAUCCAUCUCACAUUACCCCCACAUAAUACCCAACAUGUCUAAUUGGUAUUCACAAUACAAAUCCUCCAUCACAGUCAUCCUCCUAGUUCUCGUCCCCAUCGUCGUCAUCUGCAGCAUCCUCGCCGUCGCCCUAGCAUGCUCUGAAUUCUGGAGCGCACGGAAAUCAGUCACCUGGGUGUUCUGGGUCAAGCCACAGGAUCGGUCGAAAGGGAAACGUACCUCGCAACCGGAUCUAGAGCAGGGGAGGAAUGCUCCGCCUGCUUAUCAGGAGCCGUUGAGGGGGAGGGAUGAGAUUUGAGUGGGGCUGGCAGUUUACGGUUCGCAUAGAAGGAGAGGAGUGUUGAACUGCAGUUGGUCAUAUGAUAUUGGUUGUAUGUCAAUGGGCAGUCGGAAUGGUGGAGACCGAACUGAUCGGACAAGGAACUUUCCGUCAAGGUUCGAAGAUUUGCGGAUGCGAGAUUAUCAUCGAGUCUCGAGGUGCUUGUGCGGUUGGGGUGUUUGCCUUCUGUCAUCAAGUUGGUA